ACGACUAGUUAUGUGUAAGCAAAUAAAAUGCAUUUCCUAAACCCUCGUUCUCGGUUACUCGUUUUGCUCCUCUACUCUCUCCGCCCUCUCUCUCUUUUCUCCACUUUCUUCUUUUGAGAGCUUUUGUCUUCGAAAAUUAACAGAUCUCAUCUGAAACAACAUCACUCAAUAUUCUCUCUCUCUCUCUAGAUAUAUGAGCUCACCUGUGUCGGUGAACUUGAUUUCCGAUUCGUCGAGGUGAAUUCCAUGAUUCAUCAUUCCCACAUUGCGCUUCCUGAAAGACUUCAAUACAGUAACGAUUCCAUGCGCUUAGAUUCCCAUUUUUCUUUCCUUUAACGAAAAUCUGAUUACUAUGCUCAUAUUCACAUUCUGAGAGGGCACGAAAGAGUGCUUAGUGAUUGAGGGGGAGGAAGAAGAAGAAGAAGAAGAAGAAGAAAAUGUUGACCAAGUUCGAGACCAAGAGUAACAGAGUGAAGGGGCUUAGUUUUCACAGCAAAAGGCCCUGGAUCCUAGCGAGUCUUCACAGUGGUGUGAUUCAACUAUGGGAUUACCGCAUGGGAACCCUCAUCGACAGGUUUGACGAGCAUGAUGGCCCCGUUAGAGGUGUUCACUUCCACAAUUCUCAGCCUCUCUUUGUCUCUGGAGGGGAUGAUUACAAGAUUAAGGUUUGGAACUACAAGUUGCAUAGGUGUUUGUUCACUCUUCUAGGACACCUUGAUUAUAUUCGCACUGUGCAAUUUCAUCAUGAGAACCCGUGGAUUGUGAGUGCAAGUGAUGAUCAGACUAUUCGCAUAUGGAACUGGCAAUCACGAACAUGUAUAUCUGUCCUAACAGGGCAUAAUCAUUAUGUUAUGUGUGCUUCAUUCCAUCCAAAAGAGGAUAUUGUGGUGUCAGCCUCUCUAGAUCAGACUGUUCGUGUUUGGGAUAUUGGUUCUCUCAAAAAGAAGGCUGGGCCUCCUUCAGAUGAUAUAUUGCGUUUUAGUCAGAUGAACACAGAUCUUUUUGGUGGUGUUGAUGCAGUUGUUAAAUAUGUGUUGGAAGGUCACGAUCGCGGGGUCAACUGGGCUUCUUUUCAUCCUACACUUCCUCUCAUUGUCUCUGGAGCUGAUGACCGACAAGUGAAACUUUGGAGGAUGAAUGAUACUAAGGCAUGGGAAGUGGAUACUCUGCGAGGGCACAUGAAUAAUGUUUCAUGUGUUAUGUUCCAUGCCAAACAGGACAUCAUUGUAUCAAAUUCUGAAGAUAAAAGUAUUCGAGUAUGGGAUGCGACAAAGCGCACUGGAAUUCAAACCUUCCGCAGAGAGCAUGAUCGAUUUUGGGUUCUUGCAAUACAUCCUGAAAUGAAUCUGUUGGCUGCUGGUCAUGACAGUGGAAUGAUUGUCUUUAAGCUGGAGAGAGAAAGGCCGGCUUUUGCAGUUAGUGGUGAUUGUUUAUUCUAUGCAAAAGACCGUUUUUUGCGUUACUAUGAAUUUUCAACACAGAGAGAGACACAAGUACUUCCAAUUCGACGACCUGGUUCUUUAACUCUGAAUCAAAGUCCGAAGACUCUUUCCUAUAGCCCAUCUGAAAAUGCGGUUCUUCUCUGUUCAGAUGUGGAGGGCGGGUCUUAUGAGUUGUAUACCAUAUCCAAGGAUGACUCAGUUAUUGGUAGGGGAGAUAUGCAAGAGCCAAAGAAAGGUCUUGGUGGAUCAGCUGUCUUUGUGGCUAGGAAUAGGUUUGCUGUGCUCGACAAAACCAGCAAUCAAGUCCUAGUUAAAAAUCUGAAGAAUGAGCUUGUUAAAAAGAGUGCUCUCCCGAUUGCUACAGAUGCCAUAUUUUAUGCUGGAACAGGCAACUUGUUAUGUAGGUCAGAGGAUAGGGUUUUUAUAUUUGAUCUUCAGCAGAGGCUUGUUAUCGGUGAUCUUCAGACCCCUUUUAUCAAGUAUGUUGUCUGGUCUAAUGACAUGGAAACUGUUGCCUUGCUCGGCAAACAUGCCAUUGUCAUCGCAAGCAAGAAGCUUGUUCACCAAUGCACCCUCCAUGAGACAAUCCGCGUGAAAAGUGGAGCAUGGGAUGAAAACGGCGUUUUUAUUUACACAACAUUAAAUCAUAUCAAGUACUGCCUUCCUAAUGGAGAUAGCGGGAUAAUAAAAACACUGGAUGUCCCAAUUUAUAUCACAAAGGUUGUUGGAAACACCAUAUUCUGCUUGGGUCGGGAUGGGAAAAACAAAGCUAUAGCUAUUGAUGCGACUGAAUAUAUCUUUAAGCUAUCUCUCUUAAAGAAAAGAUAUGACCAUGUCAUGAACAUGAUAAAGAACUCUCAGCUUUGUGGGCAGGCUAUGAUUGCAUAUCUACAGCAGAAAGGGUUUCCUGAAGUUGCCCUUCAUUUUGUGAAAGAUGAGAGAAUUCGGUUCAAAUUGGCGUUAGAGAGUGGGAACAUUCAAAUUGCUGUUGCAUCAGCCACUGCAAUUGAUGAGAAAGAUCACUGGUAUCGAUUAGGGGUUGAAGCUCUUCGACAAGGCAAUGCUGGUAUAGUAGAAUAUGCAUACCAGAGGACCAAAAAUUUUGAGAGAUUGUCUUUCCUUUAUCUCAUUACUGGUAAUGUGGAGAAACUUGCGAAGAUGUUGAAAAUUGCCGAAGUCAAGAAUGAUGUGAUGGGCCAGUUUCACAAUGCCUUAUAUAUGGGUGAUGUCCGAGAGCGUGUUAAGAUUUUGGAGAAUGUGGGUCAUUUGCAUCUUGCAUACCUCACUGCCAAAGUCCAUGGACUACAUGAUGUUGCUGAAAGGCUUGCGGCUGAACUGGGGGAUGAUCUUCCAUCUUUGCCUGAGGGGAAAAAACCAUCUCUCUUGAUGCCACCAUCACCUGUAAUAACCAGUGGUGAUUGGCCCCUUCUUAGGGUCAUGCGAGGCAUAUUUGAUGGUGGCUUUAGCAAUACAGACGGCGAUGCUGAAGAAGAAGAGUAUGAAGCUACUAAUGGUGACUGGGGUGAGGAGCUUGAUAUGGUUGAUGUGGAUGGCAUACAAAAUGGAGACAUUUCUGCAAUUUUGGAUGAUGGAGAGCCGGGUGAAGAGGAUGAUGGAGAAGGUGGAUGGGAGCUGGAAGAUCUGGAGCUUCCCCCUGAAGCUGAAACUCCAAAAGCUUCUACCGGUACACGAUCUUCAGUUUUCGUGGCCCCAACACCUGGGAUUACAGUUAGCCAGAUGUGGAUUCAGAAAUCAUCUCUUGCAGCUGAUCAUGCGGCUGCUGGCAAUUUUGAUACAGCCAUGAGGUUACUGAACAGGCAACUUGCAAUAAAGAACUUCACUCCCUUGAGAUCCAUUUUCCUUGAUCUUCAUACUAGCAGCCACUCCUACCUGCGUGCCUUCUCAUCUGCCCCAGUUAUAUCACUUGCUGUUGAAAGAGGUUGGAGUGAGUUAUCUAGUCCAGAUGUAAGAGGCCCACCCGCACUACCUUUCAAACUGUCUCAAUUAGAUGAAAAGCUCAAAGCUGGUUAUAAAUCAACUACAGCAGGGAAAUUCACCGAGGCUCUAAAGACAUUUACCAGUAUCCUUCAUACAAUUCCUUUGAUUGUCGUUGAGUCGAGGAAGGAAGUUGAUGAUGUGAAGGAGUUGAUUAUCAUAGUCAAAGAAUAUGUUUUGGGUCUGCAGAUGGAGCUGAAGAGAAGGGAAAUUAAGGACAAUCCAGCACGCCAGCAGGAGCUUGCUGCGUAUUUCACCCAUUGUAAUCUCCAAACCCCUCAUUUGAGGCUAGCUUUGCUUAAUGCAAUGACUGUCUGCUACAAGGCAAAGAACCUUGCCACAGCUGCCAACUUUGCGAGGAGGCUACUCGAGACCAAUCCUACUGUCGAAAACCAUGCCAAGACAGCAAGGCAAGUUCUGGGAGCUGCGGAAAAGAACAUGACCAAUACCACACAGUUGAACUAUGAUUUCAGAAACCCAUUUGUGGUUUGUGGUGCAACUUAUGUGCCAAUUUACCGCGGACAGAAGGAUGUUUCUUGUCCAUAUUGCACUGCACGCUUUGUGCUGAGCCAGGAGGGUCAGCUAUGCACUGUAUGUGACCUUGCAGUUGUAGGGGCUGAUGCUUCUGGAUUGCUCUGUUCUCCUUCCCAGAUACGUUGAUUGAACUUGCUGGAACAGGAGCACUUUGUUCAGUUUUUGUUUCAGCUCAAUUUUCAGCAGCAGAUACUAGUCCCUAUUGUUCAAUUAAUAUAUAAUUUCCUAUAGAAGCUAAAAGAAGUUUGAGUGUGUUUCUUCGCUUCUCUUUCUUAUUUUUCAUGGUUUCUUUUUUU